AUAUGAAUUUCGUUAUGCUCUCGAAAAUGCUAUCAGCAUUGUCGUUCAUUAGCUUGUUUUAUGUUGGCUCUGCCCAACAAUCAAAUGGGAACUCAACGGUUUCGGCACUUUUCGCUUUUGGAGACUCAAUACUUGAUACGGGCAACAAUAAUCUUCUUCUCACUCUUACUAAAGUCAAUUUUUUCCCAUACGGUCGAGAUCUUGUAGGUGGAAGAGCUACAGGAAGAUUUGGCAAUGGGAGAGUUUUUUCAGAUAUGAUUGCCGAAGGUUUGGGAUUGAAGAGUCUCUUACCAGCAUACCGUGACCCAUUCCUCUCGAACAAUGAUCUACCAACUGGUGUUUGUUUCGCAUCCGGUGGUUCUGGACUUGAUGCAAUCACUGCUAGAAUACAAGGAGUUAUAUGGGUGUCAGACCAGGUUACAGACUUCCAAAACUACAUCACCAGACUAAAUGGUGUAGUAGGAUAUCAAGAACAAGCAAAUACGAUUAUAUCAAAUGCUGUUUAUCUAAUCUCAGCUGGAAAUAACGAUAUUGCUAUCACCUAUUUUACUACGAUGUCUAGAAGGUUACAAUACACUGUUUCAGGCUACACUGAUCUCUUGGUCACUUGGACUCGUGAUCUCAUAAAGAGUUUAUAUGAUAUGGGCGCAAGAAAAUUUGCGGUUAUGGGAACAUUACCGCUAGGCUGCUUACCAGGAGCAAGAACCAUGCUUGGGAGUUUAAUAUGUGAAGUCUUCUCAAAUCAAGCAGCUGAUAUGUUCAACAAAAAAUUAUCUGCCGAGCUUGAAAAACUUGGUGCAACAUUUCCGGGGGCAAAAUUCAUGUACAUAGAUAUGUACACUCCUCUUCUUGGUCUAAUCAACAACCCUCAAGCUUCAGGGUUCAUUGAUGUAUCUCAUGGAUGUUGUUGUACGCCGACGUCCAUAAUACCGUGCUUGGACGCGUCUCGAUACGUGUUUUGGGAUAUUGCCCAUCCGACUGAGAAGUCAUACAAAACUAUCACACCACCGAUUAUUGAAGAUAUCAAAGCAAAGCUCGCAUGA